UUUUUUCUUUUGAGUUCAUUCAUCUCUCAUAAUUGACGCCAUCUUUACUAUUUUUCACCGCAUAUUCAUUCUCAACACAUACAUUCACAAUGGCUGCUCUUCUUAGCAACUCGGCCCGCGUUGCCCUUCGCUCGGGAGCUUCGACUACCUCCAAGGCCGGAGCUGCGGGCUUGACCUUUGCCCGCGGCAAGGCCACCCUUCCCAAGGCCACCCUUCCCGACCUUCCCUACGACUUUGGCGCCCUUGAGCCCUCCAUUUCCGGCAAGAUCAUGGAGAUUCACUACAAGAACCACCACCAGACCUAUGUGACCGGCUACAAUAACACCCUUGAUCAGCUGCAGGAGGCCCAGGCUAAGGGAGACAUCGCUGCUCAGAUCGCUCUCAAGCCCCUUGUCAACUUCCACGGUGGUGGCCACCUCAACCACAGUCUCUUCUGGGAGAACCUUGCCCCCAAGAGUGCCGGAGGUGGUGAGCCCCCUUCUGGUGCUCUGUCCAAGGCCAUUGACUCCACCUACGGUGGCCUUGGCGAGUUCCAGUCCAAGAUGAACGCUGCUCUGGCCAGCAUUCAGGGCAGUGGCUGGGCUUGGCUCGUGAAGGACAAGCAGACCGGACAGAUCGGCAUCCGCACCUAUGCCAACCAGGACCCCGUUGUCGGCCAGUUCGAGCCUUUGCUCGGUAUUGACGCUUGGGAGCACGCUUACUACCUGCAAUACCAGAACCGCAAGGCCGAGUACUUCUCCGCCAUCUGGGAUGUCAUCAACUGGAAGGCAGCUGAGAAGCGCUUCUCUUAAAUAACUCUAUUCGAUCUGUAAAUGCUGCUAUGAUAUCUUGCGCUUAAUUACCCCUGUAUUGUAGCAUGUGUUUUUCAAUACUAUCAAUUAUUUGGUGAUAUAAGA